AUGGAUUCCUUCCAGAAAUGCAUAUAUAAGGGCUACACACUUUAUCCGAACACCGAUAUCCCAAAACUGGAGAGUGGAGUCUUGGAGAAAUUUCUCCGCAAAGAUGACAUAAUUGUGCAAGGGUUUCCCAAGUCUGGUAACACCUGGAUGAUAUUCUUACUGCAAGAAUUAUACCCCGAUUUGAAUGUGUUUCAGCACGGUGACAAGAAAGUGCCCCCAAGCCUAAAGUGGUUGAUAAUGGAACCCAAGAUGUUCGGUGAGGUCGAUACACCUUUACUGAAAGCCAUGAAAUCGUUUCAAAUGAACCAGAGUGUGACGUCAUCGCCACGUCUUAUCAAAUCACACCUCCCGUACGAAUUAUUCCCAAAGCAAGCACUGCAGACUGGUACAAAGGUUAUAUACAUCGCUCGUAAUCCUAAAGAUGCCGUCACUUCUAGCUAUCACUGGUUUAACAAAGCUAGUGCACCACAGGGGAUAAUUACAUGGACAAGCUAUCUGAAGUAUUUCAUUGAUGGGAAUCUUCCAUUUACACCAUGGAAACACAGAGUGGAGACGAGAACGUGUUUUAUGUCACCUACGAAGACAUGUUAA